AUGGCUGAAAUCCAGAAAGUCGCCAAGUCUCUUGAUAAGGAGGUCCAAAUGCUGGUCGAUGAUGACAAUGAAAGGGAGUUGCUUUACAGGGCUCUAAAGAGCUACAAGCAGAUUAUGUCGGUGGAACGAUUAGUGAGUGAUCUGAAGAAAGUGUUGAAUACGCCAAAGAGGAUGAUUCUUGAAAGACUUCGAGUGAUUCGUUUGGUCAAGCAAGGACAGAAAAAGGAAAGUUUUGGAUUCAGUGUACGUGGUGGUGUGGAACAUGGUGUGGGUAUAUUUGUAUCUGAAGUAGUUGCCGACUCCCAAGCUAGUAACAAAGGAUUAAAGGUGGGAGAUCAACUCGUACGUGUCAACGGAUUCAAUAUAUCCCAGGCAACUCAUGAUGAAGUCUUAGCACUGGUGAAUAGUAAAAGAAUUGUUACAUUGAAAGUAAAAACUGUUGGUAUGAUUCCCAUUAAGAACAAUAAGAAUGACCCAGUAACAUGGAAGUAUAUAGAAAAUGCAAGUAUACUGUAUGCCAGCAGUCCGGGACGUGAUGAGAUCUAUAUCCAGUACGUGAAAGCAGGAUCUCUUGCUGAAAAAAUUGGGAUUAAGUUUGAAACCUACACUGCUUUAACUCGAAACAUCUUUGCCCAAGAAUAA